GAUAUAUAUAGAAAGCUAGAGUUUUGUGUUGCCAACUCAUCCUCUUCUACGAUAAUUUUUUAUUCUCAAGUGAAAGAUGCAUCUUAUCAUAUGAUGAUACAUUCUCCCACAAUAUAUAGAAAAAAAUAAAAUAAAAUCUCAACCUCAGUUAGUGCCAUUCCACCAUUUGUUAAUCUCUCUCUCUCGUCCAUUUCUCUAUAAUUGGAUUGGUAUUCAACAAACUGUAGCCAAUCUCAAAUCCCCAUUUUCCUUCCCCGCUUCAAUUCUCCCCUAAAUCGAUAAUGCUCAAUUUCUCCUUCCUGUUCAUCCUCAAUCCUCCGAUUUGCAUUUCUUUCUGAUAUCGGUUUUGGUGGUAAUUAAUUCAUCGGCUGUUCUUCGCAGCAGAGAGAAAUAAUUCGACCAUGGGAUUUAGAUCUCUGUUCCGAAAAAAGAAACCCUUCUCCUCCGUUAAUUCUCCACUCGUUUCCUCAUCCUCCACACUCGGAUCUCGAUCCUCAUUAGAUGAUUCAGAAUCUCAGAUCACAGAACUCGAGGAAGUAUUCAAGAAAUUCGAUGUGAACGGUGACGGAAAGAUCUCCUCUGCUGAAUUAGGCUCCAUUAUGAGAAGCCUAGGGCACAACGCUACAGAGGAAGAGCUCGGGAAGAUGAUAGACGAAUUCGAUGCCGAUGGCGACGGAUUCAUCAAUUUGCACGAAUUUGUGGAAUUAAAUACUAAAGAAAUCGAUCCGGAGGAAUUGUUGGAGAAUCUGAGAGAGGCGUUUUCGGUAUAUGAUAUCGAUGGAAAUGGAUCCAUCUCUGCUGAGGAAUUGCAUAAGGUUCUGCAAAGUUUGGGGGACGAUUGUUCGGUAGCGGAUUGCCGGCAGAUGAUCAGCGGCGUCGAUAGCAACGGCGAUGGAAUGAUUAGCUUUGAGGAGUUCAAGGUGAUGAUGUCGACGGGACUGUCCGUCGCUGGCAGCUGAGUUUGAACAUCCGCUGGUAGAUUUCAAGAGGAAUUUGCUAGAAUUCGGAUUUUUUUUUCUUCUUCCGUUCUGUCUCCGACGAAAGUACUGGAAGUUCUUCACCGUUAUAUAUAUAUAUAUUAUUUGUAGAAUUGUAAAAAACAUAAAAAAAUAAUAAUAAAUAUUUAUUCUAUAAAUAAUAGACACUUACAUGACUAAUUGAUAGUCAAUAAAUAAAAUUCUAUCCAUUUUUAUUCUA